CGCCAAAAAACGACCGCGCCGGACGAGAGUAUGGAGCCCAGUGUCGAACCUGCGGCCAAUUGCACCGCCAUGCGCACGCGGUCCUUGUCGACAAAGGCGACCCCUGCCUUGCCCCCCGCGAUUGAAAACAUGGACGACUUUCUCUUCGACUUGCCGAGCAUCAACAAGAUGCUCGUGUCGUCCGAGUCGACGUCGUCGUCCGACGAGACGAUCAAGGCGGACGCGAGCGUCGGGCCGUACAGCCGCCAGCACCGGUACCGCCAACGACAGAAGGACGAGCGCAAGUUUCUCCGUGACCAAGUCGAGUCGCUCUCGGCGCAGCUCGAGGCGUUGCGCGACGCCAAGGCCACCGAAACCGUGUCGUCCGAGUGGGAGACCGUUGCGCGGUCCCAGAAAGCGUACGCGCACCAAGCAACCCUCGAGAACGCGCGGCUCAAGCGGGCGCUGGAAGACCAACUGCGACUCGCGGGCUCGCUACAGCAGAUCCUGUCAAAGCGGCCACGCCUCAUGGUACCCGACGAGAUAAAGGAAUUGUAG